AUGGAGAUAGUUUGUCCCUCUCCGUCUGAUCAAUGCGUCUCCUCUGUGUCUGCAGUGUGUGUGGCUGCUCUGGAGGUGACGGUGGCCCAGAACAGUAUCCAGGUGGCGCGGGGCCAAACGGCCGUCCUGCACUGCUCCUUCACCACCAGCGCUGCACUCAACAACCUCAACAUCAUCUGGAUGGUCAUCCCACUGUCCAACGCCAACCUUCCCGAACAGUCUCUGUGGCAGACUUUUGCCUCCAGCCAGACACCAGACUAA